AUGGCUGCUGCGCUGCAGCUUGCUGCUCUGCUGCGCUCUGUCCCAGGGGGCCGGGGGGCCCUCGGGCUUGAGGGGGCCCCCCCAAGGGGCCCCCCAGCUGAGGCUGCACCGGCUGCAGCAGCGGCUGCUGCUGGCAGCAGCAGGGUGAAGCGCGCUCGGCAGCAGCAGCAGCAGCAGCAGCAGCAGCUGCAGCAGCUGCUGCUGCUGCCCGCGAAGGAUCUGCUGCUGAUGGCCAUUCAAGAGUACUUCGCAGCACUCGUCAAAGUGCUGCUGCAGUGGGCCCCCUUCCGCCGCCCCGCUGAGGCCCUGCAGCAGCUGCUGCGGGGUUUUGACGUUGCUGCUGUUUAUGAGCUUUUGCCCCUCCCUCUGGACUUGUUUUUGGGGCCCCAUAGGAAGAAGCUGCUUCUGGAGCUGCUGCAGAUGCAGCAGCAGCAGCAAGAACAGCCGCAGCAGCGAGAACAACUGCAGCAGCAGCAGCAGCAGCAGCAACUGUGCAUGAGGCUUCUUGGGGCCCAAAGGGGCCUCCUGAGGCAGUCUCUGUCUUUGUUUUUGAGUUUGUCCCACCUGGCGUCUGCUUACAUCCCUUGCUGCGCCUCAGUACCGGGCCCCGCCGCCUCAUGGAGCGUUCUCAGGGCCCUCGUCAAGGCCCUGGGGGCCCCACAGUUCCCCAAGAGGGGGGGGGGGCCCCCCGGGGGCCCCUUAAGAAAGCAGGGGGGCCCCCCUGAGCACCAGGAGGGCCUCCGCCUCAGGGUUUGGCUGGGCAGCGCGCAAUGCGCCCUCGAGAUCUACGGGGUUGUCUUUGAACAUGUUGCAGUUCUUCUGGGGACAGAGGCCCCCCCUGUACCCUUUUCUGUGGGGCAGUCCGCGCAGGGGGGCCCCCGGGCCAGCGGGGGGCCCCCAGGGGCCUCCUUGGCCAUCCCCAGGGCAGCAGCAGGAGGGCCCCCGGGGGCCCCCUCUGCUGCUGAGGUAGCAGCAGCUCCCCUUGCGGUUGUGCUGCUGCUGCCAAGACUCGUGAGGGCCCUUUUUGGCUGGCUCCAGCUCAUGUCAGAUGCCGUCGCGGCCCCACACCCAAAGGCCCUGGGGGCCCCCGGGGCCCCUGCGGCUGCUGCUGCGCCAGAGGGGGCCCCCUUGGGGGCCCCCCUGCUGACUCCCGAGGCCUUGCAGCGUCUGAGAAGGCUGGCCUGGAAAAGCGUUGAGGGGGCCCUUUUGGGGGCCUUUCGUUACUUGAGCAAUUGUUUUUUGCCUGCAGUCACGCCUCCCCAGCUUCAGCAGCAGCAGCAGCAGCAGCAGCAGCAGGAAAGAAGGGGUCAGUCAGCUGUUGUGCUGCAGACGGCACGCUGUUGUUGCUGCUGCUGCAGCAGCGGUGCGACACGGCGCAUCCGGAUCCGCCGGAGCAGCAGCAGCAGCAGGAACUGCAGCAGCAGCUGCAGCAGCAGCAGAUUCCUAAGGGACGUUCUGGAGAGCAGCAGCAGCUGCGUGCUGGCCCAGGCCUCUCUAAGGGCCCUGGGGACAGCUUUGCUGCAGUGGGGGCCCUUUAUUGAGGAGACUGCAGUUUCGGAUCUGCUGCUGCGCAUUCACUCGAUUUUUCCUCAUCCGGAGCUUCUGCUGCACUUCCUGGGGGACUUCGCUGCAGCAGCAGCUGCAGCAGCAGCUGCUGAAGCAGCAGCUAGCAGCGCAGCAGCAGCCCCAAACGGCAGGGAGCCUCAUUCCCCUUCAAGGAGACUACAUGUGCCAGUCCCCGCCGGCUUGUUGGCUGCUCUGAGGAAGGUGCUUGCUGCUGCUGCUGCCCCUGCUGCUGCUGCUGCUGCUGCUGCUGCAUGCGAGUCCUCUGGGCCCCCCUAG